CACCAACAGGAGACAGAAGUGACUCCAAAGGCUUGAACCUGGAAGUGACGUCUUUGGCGGGGAGUGGAGGCUGACGUCUUCAUUGUGGGUCUGGAUGUGAUAUCUUCGUGGGCGGAAUAGCCAUUUUGGAAGCCAGGAUACGGAGGAGAGUCAAAGGAGCCACCUUAUCGAUUAAUAUGGUUAUGCACUGAGAUAUGUAUUGGCCUAAAGGCUGGGGCCAGGAAAGUGAAAAGGAAGUCACUCAAGAGCAAUUUAGACUCUGUGAUAAGGAAGGUGUAUCUGUGAACAUGCUGCCUUCUAAAAUAUAUUUCCAUGGAGCAGCGAAAUGAGGACACAGAAUGAACUUUUAUCCACCUCACAACAGGCAAUCCACGUAAGACAUUGAAAAACUGUGUUAUGGAGCAAAAACUGGUGCAUAUCAAGGAGGAGGACUGUGAGUGGGGUCCUGUCCACCAUGGUUCAGAUAGUCAUUCAAUGAAAGUGAAAGAUAAUGCAGAGAAACUUUCAGUUUUUAAAAAGGAAGAAUCGGAGGAAGGAUAUAUCGGCAAUAAAAUGGAGGAUUCUGAACGUGCAAUGCAAAACUAUGAAACUGAAAAAAUUCUCAAAGAAGAUGUGUCCUUAGAGAAUGACUUCAGCCCACCAGCUCGUCCAACCUUACAGAAAGGGGCCACAAAAACAAUUCUGUGCUCUUCUUGGCCACAACUGAAUCCUAAAUUUCCACCAUUUGAGGCUGAAAUCACUCAGCACAUAUUUUGCACAAGAGAAACAAAACAACAGAUAUGUACAAUACACACUGGAAUUGAUUUACAAGAAAGUCACAACUUCUCACGAUCUUCAGUAGCUCAGACCUCACUUCAGUGCAGUCCUGAUCUUAAGAGACGAACAAAAAAUCACCCUGAGGAAAAACGUCAUUGCUGUACUGAAUGUGGCAAACGAUUCAUUGGUUUAAGCCAUCUAAAUCGACAUAUAAGAAUUCACACUGGAGAGAAACCUUAUUGCUGCUAUGAAUGUGGCAAACGAUUUUCACAAAUUAGCCACCUUCAGAGCCAUGCAGUAAUUCACACUGGGGAAAAACCACAUUGCUGUUCUGAAUGUGGCAGAAAAUACUUACACAGAAGCAGCCUGAAAAAACAUUUAAAGCUUCACACGGGAGAAAAACCUUAUUGUUGUUCUGAAUGUGGCUAUCGAUUUUCAAACAGUAGUAGUCUCCAGAAACACAUGAGAAUUCAUACUGGAGAGAAACCUCAUUGCUGUUCUGAGUGUGGAAAACGAUUUUCACAAAUAAGUGAUCUUCAGAGCCAUACUAGAAUGCACACUGGAGAGAGGCCAUUUUGCUGUUCUGACUGUGGCAAACUGUUCUCACAUAUAAGCAGUCUUUUGAAACACACAAGAAUUCACACAGGGGAGAAGCCAUAUUGCUGCACAGUAUGUGGCAAACUGUUCUCAGACAGUAGCAGUCUUGGUAAACACAUAAGGAUACACACUGGAGAGAAACCCUAUUAUUGCUCUGAAUGUGGUAAACGAUUCUCACAAUUCCGCUAUCUUCAGAGUCACUCAUUAAUUCACACUGGCGAGAAACCUCAUUGUUGUUCAAAAUGUGGCAAACACUUCUCGCAGCGAAGCCAUCUUCAGAGCCACACAAGAACUCACACUGGUGAAAAACCAUACAGUUGUUGUGAAUGCGGCAAACGUUUCUCUAGCAGAAGCAGUCUUGCUAAACAUAUAAGAAUUCACACUGGAGAGAAACCUCAUUGCUGUUCUGAAUGUGGCAAAAAAUUCUCACAAAUAGGCCACCUUCAGAAACACAUAAGAAUUCAUGCUAAAGAGUAGCAAAAUAAAAAAUGAAAAAUGAGGAAACUGGGAUGUAAUGCAUUAAGGAGAAAGUGAGUUUAGUAGAAGGUUUCUGAAACAGAGCAGUUUAUUCAGGAUGGAGGCAAUUGUAUCUGUGAAUUUUUAAGUUGCCACGGUUCACAGAACUGAAUUUCUGUGAGGAUGAACCCUAAAAAUAAA